AAUUUGUAUAUAAGGACUGGUUCGCCUGGUCCUCACUCGGGGCUGAAGCUGGACAGUUCCUAAUACCACACUCCCUCACCUAAUUAUUUGUUUAAUUUCUUUAAAUUUUCGAGAUAUACCUACCUAGCCAAGGACUCGCAAAUCAAGAAUCUUGCGCUGCUUCAACCAAUCGUUCGCCCUAGACGCCUAGUUACUGAAUAUGUCAACUGUACGCGCUCAAGGGGUUACUGAAGUACCGAAGGGGCCCUCUGUUACGAAGUUGAAGUCCACUCCUGGUGCUAGGACCGCUGUCGUCCCGGAUUACGUCGACGAAAAGAAAGUAUCAACAAAGCUCUUAAUUGUUGUGAAAAAAGACACUGAAAUUGGCGGUGAACAUGACCGAUAUUAUCUUAAUAUACCACUUGUACAAGAUUAUCUUGCACAACUCCGGAUAAUCCUUGCAAAUCCAGAAAUCAAAGGUCAAUCGGACAUUGUAGGAGUUCUGAAUGAAGCGGUCAGCAAAGCCCAAACGAGUGAAGAGUACCAAUUCCUUUCUGGUACGACGGGUGCCGAAUCUGAAGGGCAUGUUCAAACCAUGCAUAUAGGUGCUUCCGAAUGGCCCGAAUAUUUCGAAAAGGCAAAGAAGUUGUCUAUGGCCCCUGUUGAGAUCCUACCGUCUAAGAUCAAGAAGCACGGUCUCCCUCCCCGCCCUAAGCUGCCAAAAGACGAUGAGCCAAGUCCCGCGCAGUGGAUGGAGAGCAGCAGAAAGAAAUUGGUGUCUGGCCAGUCUAGUGAACUAAUAGUUGUUACACAGUUCCAACCUAGACUACAGGGGAAGCUUUAAUCUUUUAUUUAUCUUCUACCUCUGAUUCUCACACGGGCUGGACGUCAAAUUGAACGAGGAUUCU